AAAAGCAGUGGAAGAUGGCCCAAGUCCUUGGGCCUCUGCACCCACAUGGGAGACCCGGAAGAAACUUUUGGCGCCUGGCUUCAGAUUGGCACAGCUCCAGCCGUUGCAGCCAAAUUGAGGAAUGAACCAUUGGAUGAAAGACUUUCUCUCUCUCUCUCUCUGUCUGUCUCUCUCUCUCUCUCCUCUCUCUGUGUAACUCUGCCUUUCAAAUAAAUAAAUAAAUCUUUUUUUAAAAAAAAAAGGCAUGGAGAACAUUGACUGGGGAGAAUGAAUGAGAAAGGCAGAUAAACUGGAAAGAGGAAAUCUAGUUAAGGACUGCUGGGAAAACAGAGAUGACAGAUGAUGAAAGUACGAAACAAGCUUUGCAAUUUGGUAUUUAGAAUGAUCCCCAGCGAUAAGAUAUUCACAACUCAUAAGCAAAUCACUAAAUAUUACCCCUUUUCAAAAUAGGCAAAUUCCCUGGCCUUCUAAGAACAUAAUCCUUAUUUCCCCAGCCCACAUUCUCUAAUUAAGGCAAGUUGUUUUGUUACUGAUCUCAGCACAGAGUUGCCACAUAGGAUGCUUCACCCCAGCAUUGGCCCGACUUCUCGCUCGUGUAGAGCCCGGAAGCCAUACCUGGGCAGGGGCAAACCAGACACUCAGCUGUGAUCUCUCUGGCCACAGCCUCUCACUAGGGAGUGGUCACCCAGCAGGAGCAGCAUUCAAAAUCAGGAACCAGGGUAAGGUCCUAGCUCCUUUAAGCUUGAGACUUUGGGGUCUCCUGAGAAGUCCCCAGAGACAAGUCUAAAAAAGGAAGAUGGAAGGGAGAUGGCCAGACAGCAGAGGAUUCCUCCUCUGCCUUGCUGUCAGCCUUCUGCUCCAAGGAAGAGGCAACACCUUCACCAUCAACUGCUCGGGCUUUGACCGGCAUGGGGUGGAUCCCGCUGUCUUCCAAGCAGUGUUUGACAGAAAGGCCUUCCGUCCAGUCACCAACCACAGCAUCCCCACUCGUGUCAACAUCUCCUUCACCCUGUCUGCCAUCCUGGAAGUGGACGCACAGCUCCAGCUGCUGACAUCAUUCCUGUGGAUAGAUCUGACAUGGGACAACCCUUCCAUCAGCUGGAACCCAGAAGAGUGUCUUGGCAUCAACGAACUCUCUGUAUCAGCGGAACACCUGUGGCUCCCUGACAUCUUCAUCUUGGAAUCGAUGAAUGUGAAUCUGACACCUUCAGGUUUCACUACCUUCAUCAGUAGUGAAGGGCGAGUUAAGUACAGCAUGCCAAUGCGUGUGACCAGCAUCUGCAACCUGGACAUCUUCUACUUCCCUUUUGACCAACAGAACUGCACCUUAACCUUCUGUUCUUUCCUCUACACAGUGGACAGCAUGCUCCUGGGCAUGGACAAGGAGGUGUGGGAGAUAACAAACUUGUCUCGCAAAGUCAUUUGGACUCGGGGAGAGUGGGAGCUCCUGAGCAUCAACAAAGCCACCCCAAAACUGUCCGUGGGCACAAGCCUCUACGACCAGAUCAUGUUCUAUGUGGCCAUCAGGCGCAGGCCCAGCCUCUACAUCAUAAACCUCCUGGUGCCCAGUGGCUUUCUGGUUGCCAUCGACGCCUUCAGCUUCUACCUGCCAGCAGAAGGCCAGAACCGCGUGCCCUUCAAGAUCACCCUGCUGCUGGGCUACAAUGUCUUCCUGCUCAUGAUGAACGACUUGCUCCCGGCCACCGGCACCCCCCUCAUCAGUGUCUACUUUGCCCUGUGUCUGUCCCUGAUGGUGGCCAGCCUGCUGGAGACCGUCUUCAUCACCUACCUGCUGCACCUGGCCACCACGCAGCCCCCACCCAUGCCCCAGUGGCUCCACUCCCUGCUGCUGUACUGCACCAGCCCCAGGAAACAAGGCCCCGCUGAGCCCCAGGAGGGCAAUAAGAGCCUGGGUCUCAGCCCCACCCACCUGCCAGGCCUGAAGGAGCCGGUAGAGCUGGUGGGGAAGGUGCCAGGUCCCAGGGAGGCAGAGCUGCGUGUGUGUCCUGAGCCGACUAGGGCCCGGCCAGACCACGAGGCCCAGAAGCAGCACUUGGUGGAGCUGUGGGUGCAGUUCAGCCACGUGAUGGACACCCUGCUCUUCCGCCUCUACCUGCUCUUCAUGGCCUGCUCCAUCAUCACCGUCAUUGUCCUCUGGAGCACCUAGGCAGGUGCUCACCUCUCACUGAAAACCAUAGCUUGGGGUUUCUCCCGGUCUUAGGGCCAGGCACACCCAGACUGCUUUCUUCACUUUAACCACGCACCCCAAGGGACUACCUUGACUCCCAUGCCUCUGUGUUCCAUAAAGUCUCACCCAGCAAUGCCAGGUAGGUUCAGAGCAGCCCUGGACAGUUUCUGGACCUUUCACCUGCCAGGGUCCUCACUUCUGUCAUGCUUAGCGUCCCUGAGUCACAUCCAACCCCUAACUCCCAUUCAGGGACGCUGCCCGUUGAUUGAUCACCCAGUUAUCCAGGAGGCACUGGCUCCUCCAUGUUCAUCACAGGUCCACAAACACUGAGGUGGAGAGUUCUGCAGAAGUUGGUGCUUCAUCCUAAAUAGGUAUAAUCUGA